ACACGCGGAAUUUAGCCAGUCCGUAAUGCAAAGGAAGUUUCGUAACGGACUUAAAAGGUCUGUAAUUAAUUUCUUAAACUUCUAUGUGAUCUGUUAUAUAUCUGAAGAUGGUAUUUUAUCCAUUCAACAAUCGCUUAUAUACUACUUUAUAUUAAUUUCUGAGCCUGAGUUUGAAAAAAUUACAUUCUUGUUUUCGAUUUUAAUGAUCUUGUUGAAAUGAGAGAUUGUUCAAAGCGAACGUGACUUAAAAAAGAUUACUGCUAACGCCUCUCCAAAUAUUGAAUGUACUUAUUUAUUCCAGUUAAGGUUGACAUUAAUUUUCACUGUUAUGUCUACUGAAGUACAAAUUGAAGCUGCAACGGAAAGGGAAUAUUAUAUGCAAAAAAUAUCUCGUCUGUUGAUAGAGAUUAAAGAAAUACAAAAUAGGAACGAAGACGAAGAAUUUCGCAAAAAUUACUUUAACACUACUGGAGACCAAAUAGAACCUCCAGAACAAACUGCACUACGGCUAUCUAAAUUAAUUGAUCAAAAAAAGGAUUCCAGGGAUUAUAUAAUUCGCAUUCUGCAAGAUCAGACGAAGCUAUUAAAUAAAGAAGUCUUUGAGCUUGAAGCUAAACCAGAGGAAAAAAUUUCGGAUACAGUGGAAAUUUCAGAAAAACGCUAUGGAAAAAGUAGAAGAGGCAAGGGAUUUGGAAGAUACUAA